CAGUGCAUGAAUGUGUGUGUGUAGUUUUGUAUUUUUGUCUCACGUGGUUUAUCAAUCGUUUUUUUGAUCUACGCAAAAAUAAAAGUGUUGUCUUGCUUUGACAGUUGAUUUAUUUAAUUGAAAAUGGCACUUUGGAGAAGUUUGCCCUCCAAACUAUCGGAAACAGCAAACAUUAUCUAUAGUGCUGGCUCCCGUGCUUCAUAUCAUCCUAAUGUUUUAGAUCACUAUGAGAAUCCAAGAAAUGUUGGUUCAUUAGAUAAAAAUAAUAAGCGUGUUGGAACUGGAUUAGUUGGCGCUCCUGCUUGUGGAGAUGUAAUGAAAUUACAAAUUGAAGUUGACGAAAAAGGAAAAAUAAUUGAUGCAAAAUUUAAAACAUUUGGAUGUGGUUCAGCAAUUGCUUCAAGUUCCCUUGCAACCGAAUGGGUCAAAGGAAAAACGGUUGAUGAAGCCUUAAAAUUAAAGAAUACUGACAUCGCUAAAGAAUUAUGCCUACCACCCGUCAAGCUACACUGUUCGAUGCUUGCAGAGGAUGCGAUUAAAGCAGCUUUGUCAGAUUAUCGUAUAAAGCAACAGGGCGAUACGGAUAAUAAUAAGAGUAGCAAUUAAUACAAAAUUAAUUUGUUUUGAAAAUUUGUGUAAAAAAAGAAUCAUGUAAUUGAUAAAAUAGAAAUUCCAUUUCGUUUGUUAUUUUAAAUAUAUAUAUAAAUAAGUUAAACAUUAAACUAAAUUUCUUGUAAAUAAAAUAUAUGUAGAAGUUAUAUUUUACUACCAAGUAAAAAAAAAAAAAAUAUAAUAAACAUUAAAAUUUGUAGCCUUUCAA